AAAAAAGCGUACCACAAAACACAGAUGCGGUUGGCUUGACCGUGUUUUACGAAGUGGAGGCUGGCCGUACCGCAGGAGCUGGACGCAGAUGUAGAUAGCAGGAGCUAUAUCCAUCCACGUUAGCCGCUGCCAUGUCUCCUGUGAAGCUCGAGAGUUCAGAUGAUAACAAGCCUGUUGACAAUGGCAAGGUCAAGGAAUGCAUCAACACACUACUGAAGGGGCUGGAGACAAUUGCUCCUUUGGUGGGCUCUGUAGAAGAGACCCCUGAGCCAAUCUCUACCGAAGUACAAGGUACCAUUCCCUCCUGGAUCAAUGGCAACCUCCUCCGCAACGGCCCGGGGAAGUUUGAGUUUGGAAACACCCACUACAACCACUGGUUCGACGGGAUGGCUAUGCUACACCAGUUCAAGAUGGACAAAGGCCAGGUGACAUACAUGAGUCGGUUCCUGCACAGUGAUGCCUACAAGAAGAACAGUGAAAGGAACCGCAUUAUGAUGUCAGAAUUCGGUACCCUCGCCAUGCCCGACCCCUGCAAAAACUUCUUUCAACGCUUCCUUUCUCGAUUUGAGAUGAUGGAGCCCACGGACAAUGCAAGUGUGAGCUUUGUGAAAUACAAAGGUGACUAUUAUGUCAGCACAGAGACAAACUUCAUGCACAGAGUGAACCCAGAGAGUCUAGAAACAUUGGAAAAGGUGGACUGGAGCAAGUUCAUUGCUGUAAAUGGAGCCACUGCACACCCACACUACGACCCUGACGGUACCACCUACAAUAUGGGCAACUCCUAUGGAAGCAAAGGAGCCCUGUACAACAUCAUCAGAGUGCCUCCUGAGAGGACAGAUGCCAAAGAAACCCUACAGGGGGCCAAAAUACUCUGCUCAAUUGUGCCUGCAAACAAGUCCCAUCCCUCCUACUACCACAGCUUUGGCAUGUCUGAGAACUACGUGGUGUUCAUUGAGCAGCCGAUUAAGAUGGACCUGUUGAAGAUAGUGACAUGUAAGCUAAGGGGGAAGGCUUUGAGUGAGGGCAUCUACUGGGAUCCUAAGCAGGAAACUGUCUUCCAUCUUGUCGACAAGCACACAGGCGAGGUCAGCUCAGUGAAGUACCACACCAAAGCCAUCUCCACCUUCCACCAGAUCAACGCCUUCGAGGAAGAUGGAUUCUUGAUGCUUGACAUGUGCUGCUCAGAUGACGGCCAAGCCAUCAACAACUAUCUCAUCCAGAACUUACGCAAGUCAGGAGACGCAUUAGAUGAGGUGUACAACACCAUGUGCAGGGUUUUCCCCAGGCGCUUUGUUUUGCCCAUUAAUGUGACCAAUGAAACACCAAUAGACCAGGCCCUGAACACACGGCCCUCCAGUGAAGCGAAGUGUGUCAAAAUCAGCAAAGAUAAGGUGUUCUGCCAGCAUGAGGAUCUCCAUGGAGAUGACCUGCAUGAGUACGGCGGCCUGGAGUUCCCUCAGAUCAACUACGGCAGAUGUAACACACGACCGUAUCGUUAUUUCUACGGCUGUGGCUUCAGACACCUGGUGGGAGACUCUCUGCUCAAGAUGGAUCUUAAGGACAAGACCCUCAAGGUCUGGUACCAGAAGGGUUUCUACCCAUCAGAGCCUGUGUUCGUGCCGUCACCUGAUGCCGUGGAGGAAGAUGAUGGUGUCAUCCUCUCUGUGGUUCUCACCCCCUCACAGGAUAAAGGAACAUUCCUCCUGGUUUUGGAUGCCAAGACAUUUGAAGAGCUGGGAAGAGCCAACGUUCCUGUUAACAUACCUUAUGGCUUCCAUGGUACCUUUAAUGCCUCGGCAUAAAUCUAAUUCUGUUUCUGAUAUAUAACAUUAUACAAAGAAUGCUAAAUGCAGUGUUAAUCGUACAUGCGUUAUUGUACUCUCGGCAUUCAGCCUGUUAUAUUUAGGUUGAAGGAUGCUCCAACUCUCAGACCACCACAAGUGCCAAAUGAACAUUUUUACCAGUCGUGACAGCGUGACUGGUACUAUUUUCACCUUGUGAGCCUGUGUGCGUGUGUGUAUGUGUGUCAUCAUAGCAAAAUGUGGUCCAGACACUUACUGUAGAGGGAACUACCACUGAGCCAGUUUUGGAUACUUUGGCAGGUGUUUAUGUCUGUCUGUCUGUGGACAGAUUGUGUCACCACCAUAACUGCAACUGUGAAACAUACAGUUGGUACGAGUCGAGUAUGAAGAUGGGUGUAGUCUGACUACUGAGUACUCAUGGGUCAGAACGUCAACAUGUUGACGGGCAUUGAAGCUGAUGUAAUCCCAUCACAAGAUGGUCUCUAGUCUUUUGUACUCUUUUUUUUUUUUUCUUUGACAGUAUUUUUCAAAAGCUGGAUGUGUUUUAUACAAUUUGCCAUUAAACUUUUACUUCUGUGAACUGCCAA